AUGGCAGAAGGUGACCGCCAGCCCACCGGUGGGAGAAGUGUCCCUCAGACCGGGACGAACUCGGACGGCACCAACACACCAACCUCCGCAUCGCAAUCGCAACAACUUGCGUCAUCGAGCUCGGAGGCAGCGCGUCGCAGACCACAGGGCAUCCAAACACAACCUGUAGGCUACGGCUCCAUAACAUCUGGCGUCGAGCGUCAACAACGGAGCGCCAACACCCCUGACCAAAAGACUUCCAAGUCGAAGAAACCCGCGAUGAGCCGUAGAACCACAUCCACGCACGUUCCUUAUAAAGGGCAGGAGUUCUCCGUCGACGAUGCCGAGGAUGAGGUCAGUCAAGACAUCUCAGCACAGCAGGAGCAGGGAAAACACAGCACCAAACAAACAUUACGCCGGAAACCGUCCACCAUAAGACGGCGAACCGCUGCUCAGUCGCCUGGCCUCAUUACACUCGAGUCUACCGAAGACGAUGCGGUCGAACAAGCCCCUAGCGCCGCUCCGGUUGUCCCUGAAAUACAAGCUGGAUCAUCGGAGGAAGAGACACUGAGGCCAGAUGAAGACAGCGGGAGUGGAAAUGGCAUCGAUGACGACGACGAUCUGAGUGAUGCAGAAAGUUUCACCCUGAAGGAUCGCCAGGAAGCUAUCAACGUUACCCAUCCCUUCGGUAUAAGGAUUUGGAAACCCGCUUUGUAUAAGAAGGACAGGUCCGUUCAGCGCAAUGCCGAGGGCGAUAUUCAUUCCACUCCCGGCUUGUUUGUGACCAACUGGUUACUCCUCUUCAAUAUCGCCUGGACUCUGGUGUUCGGCUGGUGGCUUGCGCUCAUUGCAGCAGCUGGUGGUCUACUCUGCGCUCUUCUUGGCUUUGCUGAUAGCUGCAUGGAUUACUCCCGCCUUCUAUUCCGCCUUGCUGGAUAUUUGUUCUACCCCUUCGGCAAGUACGUCAAGCUGAUGCAGGACGAGGCAUAUGCGGAAGAAGAUGAAGGCGAGGGCCGCAGCAUCGGUGAGUACGAGCAGUGGCAGAGCGGUGACAUCGAAGAGGGUCGUCUCUUCUUCGGGCCUACCGAAAGUUCUCGCAGUCAAACAUCAUCCCUUGUCGGGCGGAGGCGGAACAGCAUCGACUCAACCGGUGACGAUGAGACGACCAGCCUGCUUGGUAGAGAUGGCCGCGCCCAUAUCUCACACGCCGACACAUCAAGGACGAAGAGGAGACUCUUUGGCCGUGGAAAAUGGAAUGUGGGCCGAGUGGUCUUCUUCUUUUUCUUCUAUGGUAUCUUCACGCCGGCCCUGUUCUUGGUAUGCGGCCUUUGUUGGUUCUUGGUCUUCACCAUCCCUAUGGGCAAGGUGACUUUACUCUUAUUCCACCAUCUCCGGAAACAUCCCUUGGCACUCUCCUUCCACUCUGAUAGUGGUAAUGUACGACGUCCAGGAGAGUCGUCCUCUAUUUUGCUAUGCACAUAUCGCGCCGUGGGCAUCAAGUACUGGAAGUACACCAUUGACGGAACAAACAUCUUCCUCAUCAACCUUCUUGGGUUGGUCGCGUUCACCAUUGUCGACUACUGGGUACUCGAUGUGGCAUUGGGAUUGAAGUUUUGGAUCACAGACCAGUUGUUUGUCUUUACACUUGCACUGGCCUCCAUCAUUCCCCUUGCGUACUUCAUCGGCCAAGCAGUUGCUUCCAUAUCAGCUCAGUCAUCGAUGGGAGUGGGUGCCACGAUCAAUGCCUUCUUCUCCACAGUCGUCGAAGUCUACCUCUACUGCGUUGCCCUUAACGAAGGCAAGGCACAAUUGGUAGAGGGCAGUUUAAUUGGUAGUAUCUUUGCCGGUGUUCUCUUCCUUCCCGGACUGUCCAUGUGCUUUGGUGCCAUCAAGAGGAAGACGCAGCGUUUCAACGUCAAAUCUGCUGGUGUCACUUCCACUAUGCUGCUGUUUGCUGUCAUCGGAGCAUUUGGGCCAACAUUGUUCUAUCAGAUCUAUGGAAGCCAUGAAUUGAACUGCCAUCAAUGCGUUCGCCACCACUCCGAACCCAUGGAAAGAGACUGCCGCAGGUGCUAUUUCUCUCAAUCACCAGCCAUCCAUGAUGAGUUCUUUACCAAAGCUGUCAGGCCGUAUACAUGGUUUGCGGCACUUCUUUUGUUCCUCUCAUACGUUAUCGGUCUGCUGUUCACACUACGAACCCAUGCGGCUGUUAUUUGGACAAGUGAGCUUGACGAGAAAAAGCCCGUGGACAUGUCUGCCAGCCACAUAAGCAGCCACCUCAGUACAAGUGGACACCUUGAGGUUCCAAACACCCUGACCAGGAAUGCGACCAGCACUUCAGUUCCGCGAGGCGAUAUUCGUGCCAGCCAACUUUAUAAACGCAUCGUAAACCAGACGUACCAAUCCGUGGGGCUAGGGCCGAAUGGUGAGUCUCCCGACCAAAAGCGACCGGUGAGCUCUACAUCCGGGACCCAUACUCCGCAUCUCGUCCCACCCAAAGACGGUGAUGAGCACCACAUCUCUCCUGAAUUCCAUAUCGAAGGGCUUUCCGACGAAGCAAGCCAGUCGCUUGUUCGGCAAAUAACCGAGAUAGCGGCCACGACUACGGCCCUUGCUACCCGCGAUGUGACUAAGGGUACCCACAAAACUUCCCACGGUGUUGGCAAGAAGCAUGCUGAACGACCGGCCGCCCCACGUAACGCAUCAGCCGCCCCUGAGGUGGAGGAGACCGCGCCAGGCCACACCUCUGGUGGACACGAUGCGCCGAAUUGGAGCAGGACCAAGAGUGCAGUCAUUCUUCUGACUGCGACGCUUGCCUAUGCCAUUAUUGCAGAGAUUCUGGUCAGCACCGUUGACUCGGUUCUGGAAGGAUCCAACAUUGAUGAGAAGUUCUUGGGAAUUACCUUGUUUGCUCUCGUGCCGAACACGACCGAAUUCCUUAACGCCAUUUCGUUCGCCAUGAACGGAAAUAUUGCACUGUCCAUGGAGAUUGGUUCAGCAUACGCCCUACAGGUUCUUCUUCUCCAGAUUCCGGCCGUUGUCUUCUACAGCGCUAUCCAGGGCCGAUAUAUCGACCCGGUUGAGAUUGCCAACCACAGUUUCACUUUGAUCUUCCCUCAGUGGGACAUGGUGACGGUGAUCCUGUGCGUCUUUCUCCUAUCGUACAUGUACGGCGAAGGAAAGAGCAAUUACUUCAAGGGCUCGAUUCUCAUCCUGUCGUACCUCGUCGUCAUUGUCGGAUUCUACCUGUCCGGCUUCGACGAUGACCUCGGCAUGCGUGGAGUCAACCCAUACGACACGCUUGCCGUGGGCGGCAUCUUCGAACAACAAGUGCAGUCCAUGUCUUUCAAGACGAAGGGGCGAACCCGUGGCGGACCGGCUUAUUAA